AUGGCCGAGCAACUUGCUCAGCUGGUGCGCGAGGUGGAACGCUUAGUCACCGCGCCCUAUGUGCCCUCGUUACAGGACCUCCAUGAUCUGGUUCAGCGAAGUGAAUCGCCCAAAAUUGGCUCCUGGGCGUUCUGCAAACCCUGUCAAGUUGGGUUAUUGGCCGAUGUUUUGGUUGAAGCCUUAUCGCGGUCGCGCGUCGCGCUGCCUUUAAUUACUGCAUUUGCAUCUACGCCAAUAUUUAGAGACGCUUUGCUAGAGCGUCAUCCGGUGGCUUUGGACGCCUUCCUAGAAAAGGCCGUGAAUGAUAAUGGCGAGUAUUCCUCGGCAUGCAUUGCAUUGUUCUCAUCGCCACUGCCAGCAGGCAUCGUGCCGCCCGCUAGGAUUGCCUCCUUAGUCGCGAACCUGGUGGGCAGAAUGGCACAGAACCCUUGCGUGAAGACAGUAGCACCUCUUCACGCACUCAUUUCUGGACUCAAGGGCUCUCCAAAGGUCUUGGAAGAUAUUCCUACCGAGGUCAUGUCCAAUCUUCAGCUGGAAUUCACCAAAACAUUGCGCAACCUGGACGAUCACAUGGGUAACCUUUUGUGCCUGGCCAUCUUCGCGCAGAUUACGACGGCACUAGACACAAAAUCUCACAAUCAACACGGAUCAGAAAGCCCAUCAUGGCUUCUCAGCAUCAAUCAUUUCUUUGGCCAGAAACGGGGCCUUAAGACACUCGACUUGGUCGUCUUGCGUGUCAUACUGGCUUGUUCGUCCAGUUGUAAUCUUUCACCUUCCGAAGCUGCUGAGAGUAUUCGACUGGCGAUUUGUAUUGCUGAUGCGAUUAAACCUGACCAGAAACAGGCUUGGAUAGCGGGUAAUUCUUCUAAGAUUGCCAAGCUGUGCGAGAAGGCUGCGAGGGACGGUCUCCAUGGUGAGACGCAAACUAUGGUAAUCGUUUUCUUGCACACCCUUCUACCAGCACAUUCCUUGUCCUCCCAGCUACGGGAGCUUGGCACCAGAGUUCUUUUGUCCAAGGAUAGCCAGGGGACUAUUGAAAUGAUACCCCAGCGCUUAAUCUCACGCCUCGCAAAAAGCUUAGCUGAAUCGGGAGAAUCUACCACCCGACAGCUUUUGACAUUUACUUUUGAUACCCUAAAAGCUAGUAGAUGGUCAGGGAUGGCUACAAUGGCAACAUUGCACUUGUCACACUUGAUAUUGGAUGGUCUGCAGGAGUCACAUCCCCAGACAAUACUCACUAGUGCCAACAACACAAUAGCCACUCUAAGAGAAGUUCUUGGAGAAGUGGUUGGACAUUUCCCCCGGCAGGCAAGCGAAAGCCAAUGCAAUGACCAGGUAUUAUGUUCAUCUCAGCUGUACACAAUGCAAAACAAGCUGUUUCUAUCCUUGCUUGGGCUUUACAACAGGGUUUCUUCAGCGCAAAAUGGCGAUGAUCUGAUUAUGAGAUCCUUUAUGGAGCGAGUUGAGCAAUCGAUGCUAAAGAUGGACUGUGCCUUUUCGACGACAACCCCCAAAGAUUUUCGUGGUUCUUUUGUUCUGCGUGACAGACCUGACCCUCAAUCCACUCAGAUCAACCGCAACUGGCGUUCCGGGGUUACCGACCUUUUCAUGCAGAAUGCACAGACCUCUCAUGACAGUAUGAUGAGGAAGAUUGAGGACACAUGCUUUGACCUAGAGCGUCGGUGUGAUGAUGUCGAAGGACCAUUGAGGGCUGCCGAGGAAGAGCGGGACAGAUUAGCUUACGAAAACGAGCAACUGAAAAGGUGCAAUGAAGAAUUGAACGAGCAAUCGAAAGAACAAACUAAGGAGCUUGAAACCAAGUUGUGGAACUCAUCUGAACGUGUCAAAGAACUUGGCGUUGAGAAUACACGUCUUGGGCAACUCCUCCAAGGUCAGCAUACACAGAUGGAAGAGUUAACAACGUCUCUCGACUCCGCACGAGAGGAAAUCCAGGAGCAGCGACGGAACUCUGAACAAGCAAUUUCUGCCGAGAAAGAGCGAGCCCGUUCUAAGGAGUUGGAGUUAAUGGCCACUUUGACUGAUAAAGAAGAUCAACUGGAAGAGCUUGAGGAGGAGAUUCUCCAUCAAGCCUCAGGUGAAAUGGCUACUUUAACAGACCAUGCUAAGACUUUGGAGAAAGAACUUGACAAUAUCUCAGAGCAUUUCAAGCAGACUAGCCUCCUUGCCGAUCAACAAACAAACGAACUCAAUCGUCUCUUGGCCCUGAGGGAAGACUUACGAACCGAGCUGAAGUCUGCCAAAUCAACGGUGACGCAACAAAAUACUGAAGUUGAGAGACUUCAUUCCGCAUUGCAAGAAUCCGAAGAGCGAUCGCGCAGUGAGCUUGAAAGGCUGAAAAGGGAUCAUGAAGCCGAGAUUUCACAUACUACAUCCAAGAUGGCGAAACAAGAGGCAGAAAAACGGGGGUUGCAAGCUGCUAUGCAAGCUGCCGCACUUGAUGCAUCCAAGGAUGCACAAUCAAAAGACAAACGCAUCCAACACCUGGAAAGAAAGGUGCAAACUUUACGAGAUGAACGCGCUGCAAAGGCACGUGAAUUUUCCGAAGCCCAACAGCACAUUGGCCGACUGAUGGGGGUGAUGGGGUUCUCUGCGAAUGCCCCUGAGUCAAACGCCUCUGUCAAACACCAGCGCACCAGGUCCUCUAUGAACCCUACCACCCCAGCUACAAGGAUUCCGGAGCCAAUCAGUGAUGAGGAAGAUGGGUCACAGUUCUCGCAAUCCUUUGGGUCUGUGACUUCUCAUGACAACGGGCCCACCCCAAAGCGACCAAGAGCAAACCCUAAACCCCAUGUCCCAUCCGAUUCCUCUGCUAUAGCAUACAAGAAAAAGAGCCCGCCGCUUACUGGCAGGAUCACUCGCUCUGCUAGGAAGCCACUAGCCGAGGCUGAUCACAACAGUCCGACCAAGUCACAGUCAAGCAGUGCAUCGAAACGCAGUCAGGUAGAUGAUUCUUUCCAAGGGUCACAAGUUCGGGAUAACUUGGAGGAAAAUCGACUACAAGAUCUGGAUUUGGAUAUGGAUCUUGAGUUCUCAAGGGAUUUCAUCUUUACAAAUACUGAUUUUACAAGAUCAGAGGAUCAGACAUCCUGA